GACUGAUCUGCGCAAACGUCACACGGUAUAGUAUAGUAGCUCCACCUAAUGUUUCGACUAUGAAACUAUUACCAUGAGUAGAAGUAACGUGAAUGAAGUUAUAAAACCACUGUAAAGGGAACAAACUGGAACGAAUAUUACGUGUGAUUGUGUGUUCGAUUUUCGAAAUGUCGAUUGCCUUUUCUGGAACCAAAACGCGAUCAAGUGGACUCAUAAGUGCAAUAGCAAAGCAAUUAAAGACCUUAAGUUUGAAACCAGUUCAAUCAAUUCACGUAAAAUUCGAUCCCUUCCUUGAUCAUGCUGUCGAAACAAGACAUUUUCUCUUUCAAAUUACAACUCCAAAGAUUUUUGCAACAAAUCCUAAAUGCAUUGUGAAACCAGUAGUUACGUCUGAUUCGUCAGAAUCUACAAUUACAAUGAAAUUAGUGUCAGGUGACAGUGUGAUAUUCAAAGCUAAAAACUUGUCAGUACUAGAUAUGUUGCAACUUUAUAACAAACAUAUCACAAGUUUGUUACCACCACCUGAACCUGAGAACCCAGAAGUUUUAGAGAAACCUAAGAAAAAAAAGAAAAUGAAAUUUAAGCGAGAAGGGAAACGUAGAGGAGUAUUUUUAUAAGUUUAUAAAUAGCUUUACAACAUGGUUUAUGUAUUAGUUUAAAUAUUUGAAGAAAAUUUGAUAUAAAUUCAAGUGCAGGUUAAAGAAUAAAGAAUCUGCGAAGUUUGCAGUGAAAUCAAUCUUAUCCUUUAUUUUAAUGAAAUAUAAGCGGAAUUUUCCUUUUAUUUACUUGUAAGAUAUUACAGAAAUUAAACAUAAAUUAUAAAUUCAUAAAGGGGAUUUAAUCAUGAUCCAUUUAUUGAAAAUUGUUUGCAUGCAUUAAUACUGAAUGUCUGUGCUAUAAUAUGAAUGAUUAUUUUAUAAGUUUAUUCCAUAAUAUUGUUUGUUGGUUAUUAGAUAACUAUUGUAUGUUUUAAUAUCAAAGGUAGUUUGAAAGACUCUAUUUAAAAUGUAAUAAAUUAAAAACAAUGCGUAAAAACAGAUUAAAAACGAUUAAAUCCUUUUUUAACGUUGUCUGUCACAUACUAAUCAUUAAAAGCGACAAAGUACGACGACCACAAUGUUUAUUCCAUUUCAUGUUCGAAAUUAGUAGUAAUUGUUGUAAGCAACUAAAUAUAAUAUAUUUCACAGAUA